AUGACGUUGGCAAUGAUGAAGAUCAUAAGACCCACUGACUGUACGGGCAAAAACCAGUUCAAAUGCUCCAACGGCCAGUGUAUCCCACAUAGUAAAGCAUGUAAUGGCCGAGUAGAUUGUUACGACUCACCCGAUGAUGAAGACGAUUCUUUAUGCUUAACCCCUGACUGUCCGGACAAAAACCAGUUCAAAUGCUUCAAUGGCCAGUGUAUCCCGACUUCAAAUACAUGUGACGGCAAACCAGAUUGUAACGACGCAAGCGAUGAAAACUGUUGUGGGAUAGCUGAUGGUGUCACUGGUGGUGUAGCUGAUGGUGUCAGUAGUGGGGUAGCUGAUAGUGUCACUGAUGGGGUAGCUGAUGGUGUCACUAGUGGGGUAGCUGAUAGUGUCACUGGUGGGGUAGCUGAUGGUGUCACUAGUGGGGUAGCUGAUGGUGUCACUGGUGGGGUAGCUGAUGGUGUCACUGGUUGA